GUUAUGGGAUUAAAUCAGCAAUUGCUUAAAAAAUAUCUUUUUAGAUUCCAGCACAUUUUAAAUUGGGACUCUUAAGUCAAAAAAUCUGGAACGAUACAAAUCAAUAAGCCGGCCUUCGUCGCAAAAACCGUUCGAUCAUCGUUGUCCAAACCACCGACCGCACAGCUUCCACUCUCGCACUCCAGAUGCCGCUCUCGGGGCGCCGUUCCAUAGCGACGACGACGUCGGCGGCGGCGUCGCAGUGCUAACUUUGGCAAGGGUGACGCGCACGUCGAUAGCCGCCUUUCCACCCCUUCUUGCAGCAGAACCACCACAGUGCGAAGCGGCAGGACGUACAGUUGCAAAAAUGGCAGACAAAAAACCCGCUGACGGCCAGCAGUUCUACCAGAGACCGCCGAAACUAGGCAAAUGGGAGGCCUUCAGCCAGUUCCUAUGGAACUCGGAAACGAAGCAGUUUAUGGGAAGAACCGGAGCCAGUUGGGCAAAGAUUUUGAUUUUCUACAUCAUAUUCUAUGCCGUGCUAGUUGGAUUUUUCGCAGUAAUGUUAGCAGUAUUUUUCCAAACGUUAGAUAUCAAAAGACCAAAGUGGGAGCUGGAUAGAUCUUUAAUUGGUAGCAAUCCAGGACUUGGAUUCAGACCAAUGCCCUCAGACAAAAACAUAGAAAGUACGUUAAUUUGGUACAAACAUUCCGACAAAGGAAAUGUUCAGUACUGGCAAAAAGAAAUUAAUAAAUUUUUAGGCGUAUACAAUAAAAGCAAUAAUCCUCACGCGGACAAGUUGGAGGAAUGUCGACAGUUUCAACUACCAUCCCCCGGAAAAGUGUGUGACGUGAAAAUCGACCAAAUGUGGCAUCCCUGCUUGAAAGAUGCGGGCUACAAUUUCGAAUCCAGUGAAGGAGGUCCAUGUAUCUUCCUAAAACUGAACAGGAUCUUCAAUUGGAAUCCUGAAUAUUUUAAUUCGACCACUAUAGAGGAUCCGGGCCUAAAAAUGAGCGAAGAACUGAAAAGGGAAAUAAGAGACGCUGAGGCACAAAACAAGCAUCGCAUUGUCUGGGUAACUUGCGAAGGCGAAAAUGUAGCAGACAUCGAACACAUUGGUCCUAUCCGAUUCAUCCCUCAAAAAGGUUUCCCGUCUCAGUACUUCCCGUACACGAACCAAGACGGUUACAUCAGUCCACUUGUCGCCGUUUAUUUUGAAAAACCGAAACGUGGCGUUCUCAUCAACAUCGAAUGCAAGGCUUGGGCCAGGAACAUCAUUCACGACAGGGUCGAUAGAAGGGGUUCCGUCCACUUUGAGCUCAUGAUCGACUAAAUAUAUCUCAAACAAUAAUUAGGAACGCAGGAGCUCUAAGAACUGCCAGCUUUCAGUCAUACAUAGUACAUAUAUAGUAAUCGGGCCUUUGUUUUUACAAGCAAAAAUUACACACUGUAAUAAUAAUUUCGCUCAUUUAAAAAAAAAUAUUUCGCUGAUUUUGCAUCGAUAUUAUAAUUUUUUAUACCAAGGUACAUGAUUUUUUCUUGUAAAAAUACGGCUGAAAUAUGACGCUGCACGCAUUUUGAUCACUUGUAUAUGUUAUACAAUAAUUUGAGAUUUGCUGUACGAUUCUAUUGAGAAAAUGCAUUAUAUAUUAUUUAUUUAUUUAAAAUAAUUCGGAAUAGAAAUAUUACAAUUUUGAGGAAUCGCUAAUUAAUUAAUAGAUAUUCUAUUUAUUUAUAUAUCUCUAAAGGACAACGACCCAACUACGUAGAAACACUGGUUUCCGAUAGGUCAUCGGAGUUAAGCGACGUUAGACGAUGCGAGUAGAUGGACGGGUGACUGUCUGAAAACUCUAUCGUGUGGUUGUUCCAUGGCUAGAGUGUAAAAUCUAUUGACACACACUGCUCAUUGACGCAGGUUCCUGGCCGGAUGAGAUCGGAUAUCUCGUGAGCAAGAGUCGAUAUGGACACUCGCGAAUUCGGUAGGCCUUUGACAAUGAUAUGGCCGAGAACCGCGGUUCGGGUUUCCUCAGAUUAGCCUUUGCAGCGAAAAUGGAAACGACUUCAAAAGUUAACAAGCACGUUAUAAUACUUGAUAAACUUUUGGUGAACUAUAAAUUUUAUAUACUUUGUGAUCUGUUAAAUAAAAAGGCAAAUAAAUACCUAUAAUAUUUAUGUUUGUAAAAUGUGAAUUGCAUUUUCAAAGAAAUUUAAGAUAUACCUACAAAGAGUGACAAUAAAGUAAAUAAGAAGAAAAAAUGGAUCGAAAUUAUAUACAGUAUGUCCCCGGAUUGUCUUUAGAAGAGAUCACUUUUUUAUUAUUGACAUUUUCAUAAAAAUUCAUUCUUCAUAAAAAAAAUUUUGCUGCUUCUAAAAUGGUUAAUCUCGUUUAUACUUUUCCAAAUUUCCAUACCGUUUUAGAGAAAAUUAAGAAACUCUUGAAAAUAUGCUUGAAUUUUUUCUAGAAAUUCUAAUUAAAUUUAAUCCUAAAAUUGUUCCUAUAAGUCAUAAAAAUCAAAAGGCAUUUCUAUGGUAAUAUCAAUUCGAUUUCAUUUUUUGAUAGAUCGUUAUUAUUCAUUUUGAUUAACGUCAUAUUAUUUGCAGUUAUUAAAGUAUCAUCUAUGCCGUGGUAUCACAUUUUCCGAUAACUAUCAUCACCCGUUCCGUAUCAUUGAACUAAAUAAAUUUUGUGCUUCUUUAACAUUUUAAAACAACAAAAAAUAUUACGUUAAUUAAAAUUCUAUGAAUAACAAUCUAUCAAAGAAUGAAAACGAAGUUAUAUUACCAUAGAAACGCGGUUUGAGUUUUAGGAUUUCAACUUUCAACUAUAUUUUCAUGAGUUUUUUAAUUUUCACUCAAAAAAAGGGAUUAUACAUUUUAGAACAAGCAAAAAUGUUUAGGAAGAAUGCAUUUUUCUCAAAAUGUCAAUAAUAAAGAAGAUGUUCCUCUUGUAAACACAAUCUUGGGACAUAUACUGUAUAUGGAUGAAAAUGAUAUCGUCAUAGCAAAAUUGAAAUAUUUCUAAAGAAUGUUAUUUAAUAAACUUUAUUUUCCAUCUGAUUCAUCUAUUUUUUACCAUUUUCGAUUUUCUUAUUUUUAGGUUAAAUAAGUUUUAUAAAAAAAAGAAAAAGAAAGUUAAUAAAAAAUAAAGCUCAAAUAUCAGUCCUCAAUAAUUUGUUAAUAUAAACUUAAUAUAAUUCUAAUAGUAGUUCAACUUUAUUACUGAUUUAAAUUAAAACUACCGUUUAAAAUACCCUAUUGUUAUUAUUAAACUAAAAAUAACUUAAAUCUAUAAAUAUACUAGUGCUUUCAUUUUAUUUUGUCCCACAAUUCUAAACUAUAUCCUGUUUAUUUUUGGGUAUAAUAAAUUUCGUUAAAAAGCAAAUUAUAGGGUUUCAAUCAAGUUUUAUUAUUUAUCAUGUUAUACAAAUUCCGGUAUAAACUAUAUUUUUUUAAUGGGACAUUAAAUUGUUAUAUUAGAUAGCACAUUUCUUUGUGAUUUCAAAAAUAUAUCACACAUGCCUCUUUUUCUUCAUAGUUUUAUUAAAAAUUAAUAUAAAUGUGUAAAAAUGAUAUGGUAUAUAAAACAAACAGUAUGACCAACUAUACCUAGCUUAAAACCAAUAAACAUAUUAGCAUUGGUGUAUAUUGAUUCGAAUUUUGAUAAAACUCUAAAAAAAAGAUAUAGGUAUAUGACUGAAAAUAUAUUUUUGAAAUUAGAAAAAAAACAUGUUAUCCAAUACACUAAUAAUAAUAUAUAUAGGAUAUUCCAUUAAAAAUAGUUUUUUAUCAACUGUGACAUUUGACAGCGUAUGACAUUUUUUGUAAUAUACCAUAAAACUUGACUAAAACCCUUCAAUUUAUUAUUUUAAUGGAUGUUCUAUCUCCAAAAACAAAAAAGUUAUGGUCAAUUAAAAGUGGGACAAAAUAAAAUGAAAGCACUGCAGCUACACCUUAGGAUUGGAGCCCUUUGUAAAAUAACAAAAAUAUACACUUUUACCACAGUAAAAUAUGCAGAGACAUCUUUUAGCCCCCCAUACGCCGAAAGAUCCGGCCUGCGCAUUCGGCCCGCGAGCCCAGCCUUCGUAUGAAAUUUUUGCGUUUGUGGCCUUUGGCGGGCUAAGCCUGUCACAUCCUACAAGCCAAGUCCGUGGACAAGGCCUGUGGGAUUAGAUUUGUCUAAAAAACGAGCGAAGGAUAACAUCGGCGGACGUGUAACGCUCUUUCUUUCUAAGUGGUAGUUUUUAUUCCGAUAAACAUUUAUCUAUAUAAAAAUUGUUAUAAAAUGUGGAAUUUUGUUCCAAACGAGAAUAUUUAAUGGAGCAAUGGUCUAAUAGGCAGGCCAAGUCUGCUGACCAAUAUACGAGAGUUUUGGUACGUGAGGCCAAGUCCGAAGGCCGGACCUUUCUGUGUAUAGGGGGUUUUUGAGAAUAGUGAUUGUAAUGCACCAGAAAAUCUCAAAUUAUUCCUAUAAUUUGUCGAAGACAUAUUCAUACAUAUGUCUGUGUUUGUAAAAGGAUAGGUGUCAAACGCCACUUUGUUUCAAUGUAUAUAAUGUUAUAAUUGAGUUAGCUCAAAGAUAACUAUGAAAUAAUAAAAGAUCUCCUUUGUGAAAGAGUACUCAAAAAAGCUUUAAUAACUAUAAUAUAGUUUUUAAUAUAAGUCAAAUUUCAGGUCUUUAUUUUCAUUCAGUGGUUCUUUAUUUUUCAUCUCUAAUAUACUCAAAUCACAAAGUAUCAACAAAAUACUUUGAGGAAAAGAAUAGUCAAUGAAACACACAAUAUGAAAAAUUAUAUGUGCAAAAAAAUAACUGCAAAAUAUGACUUAUAUUCAAAAAAAUGUAUAUUAUGUAUUUUUUGAAUUUAUGUAUGUAUUAAGAAUAGUUAUUUUGCUUCUUCUGCUUUUAAGUUUGCCACAGAUGUCGAUUGCUCUUUCACGUGUACCCUAUGUAUUUAUUAUUACAUUUUUAAGUUAAACCAAUUUACUAUAAAAUGUAAACUUAAAACCUUAACUUUCAUGUUAAUGCACUGUUAAAUUGUCGCUAAAUGAUAUUGAAUCGUACUUAAUGUUCUUUUGAGAAGAACUAUGCAUAAUAGAAGAGAAGAAAAAUAAAUUUUAUUGUUAUCGAUA